UCGCGAAAUAUUUUCUUUGUUUCUUCGUGUUCUUCUCAAUCGUUGCGCCGUCGCCCUAAUCGAGGAGGAGGAAGACGACGCUGGAUUUCUAGGGUGACAGUGGCCCGGGGCAUGGGAUUCGCAACUGCCGGGCGCUUCCUAUGACGUAGGGCGCGAAGGCAUGGAGCGUCUAUCGAUCGUCGCGGCGUUUGUGGAGGAUUUGGGGUUGAGGAGCUCCAAAUCGCUCGAGGACGGGGUGUUUUACGGCUUGGCGGCGGCGUACGCACUACUCUCCAUUGCUGCCCUUAUCCAACUCGUUAGAAUACAAAUCCGGGUGCCGGAGUAUGGCUGGACAACGCAGAAAGUGUUCCAUCUCCUCAAUUUCUUUGUAAAUGGAGUUAGAGCUGCAGUCUUUCUAUUCCGCCGGCAACUGCAGUACCUGAAGCCUGAGAUCUUACAGCCUAUCCUGUUAGAUCUUCCCGGCCUCCUAUUCUUCACGACUUACGCUCUCCUGGUUUUGUUCUGGGCCGAGAUAUAUCGCCAGGCCAAGAAUCUCCCAGCAGAGAACUUGCGCCCUGUGUUUGUCGUUAUCAAUUGCAUUGUUUAUAUCGGUCAGCUACUCCUGUGGGUUAUCUAUUGGCUAAAGCCCGUCGAAGUUAUCCUGACAAUCUCCAAGCUCUUUUUCGCUGGUGUUUCCUUGCUGGCAGCGUUUGGGUUUCUAGUUUACGGUGGAAGGCUUUUUAUGAUGUUGCGGAGGUUUCCAAUCGAGUCCAAAGGACGCCAAAAGAAACUUCACGAGGUUGGUGGAGUGACCGGCAUCUGCUUCGCGUGCUUCACGAUUCGCACGUUCAUUCUUGCUUUCUCAACGUUUGAGAAGAACGCGGACCUGGAUGUUUUAUACCACCCCUUCCUCAACGUCCUCUACUAUUCGCUAGUCGAGAUCCUCCCGUCGGCAUUGGUUCUCUUCAUCCUUCGCAAACUUCCGCCAAAGCGACUAGGAGGAGGAAACCAGUAUCACGCGAUAGAUAGACAAGAGAACGCUUAAUCCGAGGAGGAGAGCGUUCUAUUACUGUUAAUCUUAGCUCCCGUCAAUACCCAGGCAGAAUAAGGACGGCGAUAUUUACCGGACGCCGUAAGAUUGGAUGAUGUUUAAACCGGGAGGGAUGUUUAAAGUCGUUUGUUUUUAA